AAUGGAACAAGGAAUUGAAUAAUUGAGAUUUAGUAAUCGAAAUAGAUAAGUGGGAUAAAUAGUGAGUAAUGGAAAGAGAAAGAAUAUGAAAGAGGAAGAGGGAUUAAAAAUAAUAAGAUUGGAUAAACUGAGAUAAUAAAUAGUUAGUUUGGAGAUUGAAACUAAGAAGCCAAAGUCAAAAUGCAAGAAACUAAAUAGUGAGAACAUGUUAUUGAAAGAGAAACAACAGUUGGAGGAUGACAUUAAGGAUAUAAGUUAAAGAUUAGAGAAAAUGAAAUAGAACAAAAUAUAGAGUAGAUAAUAAUAAAGUGAUUUAUUACAAGAUAAAUAAGUAAUAAUGAAUUAAACUUUAUAAAUAGGAUUUUGAAUAAAGAUGGAACAAUAUUUAAAAUGAAGAUGAGAUUUAAAGCUUUUAAGAAAGAAUGCAAAGUACAUUAUUGUUGAUAUAUUCUUAAUUUGAUAUUAGCUUUACUCAACGAGGAUUAGGAACCACCCAAUCAUGAAAUAGAGAUCUUAACUAAAGAAGUGGAGGAUCUU